AUGUUGCACCGGGCUACUGCGGUGAAUGGGUGGGUUACCCAAAGAAACUUUGGUUUCAAAGCUUCCACACGCAGUUCUACAAACCUUUUGUUUCCCCUUCCUGCAGGAGCCUUUAUCUCACUUCUGUGGAAAACCUUGUUUCUCCUGCAAACUGUAGCAAUUCUGGCUACAGGGGAGGCCCCAGUCGAGACCCCAGGCGAGAACCGGGGCGAGACCCCAGGCGAGACGGAAAGCACGGCUUCUACUGAGAGCCUCUCCACGGAGACAAAGGCUGCCCUUUCCUUAUCGGUUUCAACGUCCCCAGAGCUUGACGUAGCUGUUGGCGAGCUGCGAGACGAUUUCAACAACUUGGUUGAUGCCUAUCCGUUCCUCUCAGCAACAGCACUUGAGGCUUUCACAUCUGUUGCUAAAGAUGUGACGGAAAACCUCCAGGCCCUGCAGAAAGGCGAAAAGGAAGUCAACAUUAAUACAUUAGCACACGAAGCCCCAUCUUGGAUGGUCUUUCAGUUGAAAGAGCUUGCAGUCACGGAGCACGUACUCAAAAGUGUUACCGUCCACCAGUACGAAAAUAUCUUGGACCAGGAAAAGGCGAGAAGAAAACUGAAGGAGGAAGGCCACUCCUCACCGUCUCAGAGGCACCUGUGUGCAGCGCUGCCCUGGCCAGAAAAAGAAAUUACUAGCGCUGACCGCGAUGCUGCUGGUUAUGAUUUGUCCCCUGAGGACCUGGACAGAGUGGGCGAGGCUCGCCUUAAUCAAUUGAGCAACCUUAAGGACAAGCUUUCUGCAGGAGGCCGGCCUGUAGAUUACUACGGCGCCGUGGAGUGGAUGGCUUGCCCAGUGGUGGCACACACGUUCAUGUCCACAUACAUGGAGAACUCGCGGGAUUUUACCGGUGUAGAAGAGCCACCCCGUGGAUUGACAAUCACCAAACGCUGGCUUGAAGGGCCCCAAUUCCAGAGGACUCUACAAGACCUCAUGGAUAACCAACGGAUAUGGGCUACCACUUCGCCUAUAGUUGCUGCAGUUUGGAUCUUGAAGGCCUCUGCUACCCAAAGGCUCCGUGGCAUGGCCCCUACACAGGUUAAAAGAAAAAAAGCUUUUGGGCUUAGCGGCCUCUGCAGCAAAAAGUGUGAACGACUUUUCGCUGUUUCCCUUAGCCCAGAACGGCCAGAACGGCCGAAAGACACAGUCACUGCAGACGUGCUUCGUCUUUUUUUGUUCCACCAUCUUCGUCUCGUCCAACUAGCCGAGGCCUCAUUAGAACGGACUUUUGCUGCUUUGCUCCUCGAGACGUCUGACGUCUGCGGGAUAUCUGACGGCAGUGUUACUUGCAGCGAAGCCAAGCAACUGGUCGCAGCACCUGUGGAUCCUGAGGACCCUCAAUUUGCCGUUCCUGAUUUUCUCCGUCAACUGGACCAGCCGCGAAAGGAAGCAGAGCCUUGGGCAGCUCUCCACCCAACAACAAAACGAAAAAGACAGACAACUUGCAUUCUUGAAGCCUUCGCAGUUAAGGGCGGCCACCUCGGAAAGAGACUUCAAGCCCUCAAGGCCAUUCAGGCAUUCGAAGCCACAAUCGCCUCUAUGGCUUCUGAAAAGCAAGGACCAAAAGCGCUUGCUAACCCCUACUUGCUCUGCCAGACUCUAUGGACAAGGGCGAGGGAAAUGCAUGCAGGAAGCAAUGCCUUUGCACGGAAAGCCGAGCAGUGGAAACAAGGGGGAGACUCUUUAGGAGCUGUGUUGCUGGCACUGUUCCAGUCACAGCCCAAAUGGAGACUGCCAAGGUCUUACGCUCCUCUUACCUCUGUCUGCAUGCAGACAGCUGGAUUUUUGCACUCCAUUGUGGAGGAGUAUGCUGAGAAGGAAGGCUUGUUUCGGUCGCUAGGAAGAUCGGUAUUGCGUGUUGGGUCAGCAGUUGUAAAGCGGCUGGCAGGAAAGAAGCAACGAGUGGCACGCAAACCUUCAGAUUGGGUAAACUUGGAGCUCACAAUGCAGCCAGCGUCUGGCGCAAGCCUUGCAGCCUAUCGAGGAGCCCUGGAGGUAAUAUACGCUUUGGCUACAGAGGCGCGCAAGCUGUUCCUUGAGCCUGCAGUUGAGGCUCCACACUCACUUAAAGAGUUCGUCGGAAUUCUUAUGGGGCUAUGGACACAAAGGCAGCUACCCAGUUUUUCGUUUGCUAGCAACGAUAUUUCAGUGGCCAGAAAGACUUUUCUUCUUGCUGCCAUUCUUCACGAGAAAGGGCACAUCGGCUAUGCAGUUGACAUCGUGAUGGAAGCAGCGGGCAGAUUACCAGGCGCCAGAGCAAUUGAUUUUGGCCGAGUAUCAUACCUUGGAAAUUUUGAGUACGAGCUAACAGGCGCUGUGGUGUCUUUGCGCAAACGAGGGCAAGUACCUCUGACUAGGGCUAACCUAGAGGACUUUUUCAUUGAGAUUGCAGCAGGUUCAGCAGACCCAGUAGACAUGAUAAGGGUGGCUGUCGACCUUGCACAUACUCUUCUUGCCUCCCAGAUUAGUCAGAAGGGCAGCCGAGUCCUCAGCGGAGUUGCCAUUAUGCAGACAGAAGCUUCGUUGCGUUUCCACUGCGCCGGAUUACAGCAAUAUAUUAUAGGAGUGGCGAAGUCUGACCUCGCCAAGGAGACUCCUGAAGCUUAUCAGGACUAUUUGAACGCAUUGUUUGCCACGGCACACGUGGCGCGCAUCAGUCAGGUAGACGUCAAGUCGAGGAAAAGAGUUGCUAAACAACCCGUCCACCUACAGCUUUCGUGCCCUUUCAUGUCUUCGUACAUUAAUGAGGCGAAAAGAAAGGAGAGACAAGCCGUCAUAUCGCUCUCAGCAAUACACACGAAGACUCCCCUGGACACGAAGUUGCUGUUUGUAUUUGCAGAAGGUAAUCCGAAAUGA